CUAGUGAUCGAGUAAACUAGCUACAGCCAUAACGCCGAGUGUCACUGUGAUUAUUACAAAAUAUCGUAUAAAACUUUACAGUCAGUUCCGCGUCACCAAACAGUGGGUUAAAAGAAAAAAACGAUGUAUUUUUAUCCGUGAUUUUCGCUUUAUUGCCAUUCCUGCGGAGCUGAAAUGCUUGAAAUGAAGCUGCCCAUGAGAACGGCGGAGGAAGGAGGGGACGACACGGCCGAGGACGAGCAGGAACAUACCGAUUGCAAUCUCCAUAUUCCCGGCCCAGUUUCCCAAGCGGCUUCCAACAGAACCGAGGAUUCCGAAAGAGGACUAGGAUAUCCCCUUCAGUUGGAUAAGGAAACGGUGUUCGAGUGGUUUGGCUUGCACCUAAAUCCGGCCAAGCGAAUCGAGUUUAUGUGCGGACUGCUUCAUAUGUGCCAGCCGCUAGAGCUCCGCUUUUUGGGCUCCUGUCUAGAGGACUUAGCGCGGAAAGAUUUCCACGUCCUGCGGGACUUUGAAAUAAGGGCGAACAGUCCAAACGAUCUGGGCCUUUUGACGGACGUUGCCGACCCUGUCGUGAGGUCCAAAUUGCUCGUCUGCUUGUCUCUCCUGGGAUCUGACAACAGAGAAUGUGCGGGGAUACUGUUUCGUAUAUUGAGCCAUGUGGAUCCCGCCUUGUACUUCAAAAACUAUGGCUUCCCAGUGUCUUCCUACAGGGACCCUCAGCAUCUCCCGUUCCAUCCACCGUGUGAGGAUGGUGAUGAAUUCGGAAGACCAGUGCAGGGCUGUGGGCCUCCAGCGGAGGCAGAGGUCGGACCCCUGGAACAGUUGGCCUUGCUUUUUACUAUGGCCUCCUUGCACCCGGCUUUCCCUUUCCAUCAAAGAGAGACUGUCAGGGUUCAACUGGAUAAAGUGGAGGUAGCAAUCGAAGAAGAGAGGCGAAACCACCAACACAGCAGCAACGCUCUGCUGCAGCAGAACAAGGUCCCGAAAACGGACUACCUCUCCCCCGGCGCCGAGACCAGCCUGUGCGACAGAGCCCAGCUGCACCGCGGCAGCCAGUCCCCCGCCAGGAAGCCCCAGAGGGAAGCGGUGCACAUAGAAAAGAUUGUGUUGAAGGGGAUUUCAAGAAGCAGGACGGACAAGGAGUACAGUUUUGAGGUGAAGUGGUCCGACUCCUCAUCAAGCCACGUGACGAAGACUCACCACGAACUGGAGAACUUUUUGCUGAAGCUUCCAAAGGAGUUGUCUACGGAGUCCUUUGAGAAGGGCAUUCUAAGGUUACUCAGCCAGGGAGACAAGUACGAGAACAGGGAACUGGAGCGGACGUUAAAGGAGAGGUUCCUGUCUGCGCCGCAGUCUUUCCGACAGACAGGGAAGGUCUGUGGAUUCUUCCUCUCUGACUCUUCCGGCCCCGGCUACAGUCGCUGUAACCCUGUGCCCAUGGGCAAGCCAUUUAAAGAGGACUGUUCAGAGGCAUCCAGCCAAGAGGAAGGUGUGUAUCUGGAACCAUAUCCUCAGGGGCAUAGGAAGAAACCCUGCAGCAAGAGCCCCAGCCUUAGCAUUCAGAGUGCCAAGAGCUCUCAGGCAGAAAGCAGGAGGACCCCUCACUCUGAGCACAACGGCGUGCCCGACUGGAGGAGGAAGAGCUGCUCUCUAAAGCCCGCCCACGAGCCCUGCGGCCCAGGCCCAGAGCAGCACCGAGGGGAGGAGAAGUGGAGCUCCCUUCCCGGAAACAAGAGCAAAGCGAGAGCACCAGCACCUGACAGGGAGAAAGGGAAGAAGGUUGAGGGCAGGGUGGCCUACAUCUCCAACGGGAUCGUGAGACCCGCUCCGGCUCAGCCGCUGCAACAGCCCGGCAGGAAAGACUCCCGUCUGGACAUGGGCUCCGGCCAGGACACGUACGGCGAGACGUCCUCGGAGAGCUACAGCUCGCCCUCCAGCCCUCAGCACGACGGGAGGGAGAGCCUGGAGAGCGAGGACGAGAAAGACAAGGACACGGACAGUCAUUCCGACGACUCCAGCAAAGGGAAGGCGGAGAGCUUCCUCCCCUGCAAAGACGUGGGCGGGGCCGCCGUCGCCACGGUGCACCCGCUGGUCCCCGUGCAGCUGAAGGAGGAGCCGCCCAGGCUGGAGAGCCCCCUGAGUGCCUCUAAGUUCCCCCAGCUGCCCUACAUGCACUCCAUGCCGUACCUGGUCCAGAACGGCGUGCCCGUGGCAGAGGGGGGCGUCCCCCCGCAGGCGGCGGACAGCAAGGCAGGCGGCGGGCUGAUGGUGACGCUCCCCGUGGUCCUCCACGAGCCGGCCUCCGGACCGGCGGCGGGAGGGGAGGCCGAGAAGCCCCUCUCGGAGCCCGCGCCUCUGCUCCCGGCCUUCAGCGCCUCCCCGCUGGGCCUGCAGCAGCCCCUCAUCCAGCGCUUCAAGACAGCGGCCGCGCCGGCCAGCUCGGAGAGCUGCGGCGCCCCCGUGCACCAGGCCCCCGUGGGCGCCAUCAGCGUCAUCCCCCCGGGCCCCGCUUACGUCUCCCCGCUGCAGCCCGCCUACCCCGGCGCCGAGCCCGUCCUGAGCUCGGGGCUGCCCCCGUCUGUGCCCCUCGCCGAGCCUCACGCCAAGCCCCCGGGCCUGGCCCUGCCCUCGGGCCUGCCCGCCUCCUACCCUGCCCUGCCCGUCCCCACCUCCGUCAUGCCCUCCGCCGCGGCCCUGGGCGCCCCCGCCGCCAGCCAGGUGCAGGCCAUGGUGCCGCCGGUGGUGCCCACCCACACGCCCGGCCCCGCCCCCAGCCCCAGCCCCGCCCUCACCCACAGCACUGCGCAGAGCGACAGCACGUCUUACAUCAACAGCACGAGCUGCGGCAGCUCCAGCGGGGUGCCCCAACAGCAGCAGCAGCAGCAGCAGCCCCAGCAGCAGCAGCAGCAGCCCGCCCCGGCGCAGCAGAUGGGGUGCGGCACCUGCGGUUGCCGCGGCAGCUGCGGGAGCAGCCACGCCCCCAACUUCUUCUUCCCCCCGCAGCUGCCCCGGCAGGUGUUCAGCGUCCCGCCCAUCUUCCACCUGACGUCGCUGUGCAGCAGCAGCUACCUCAACCAGGCGCACCAGAGCAACGGCGCCACACAGAUGCCCUUCUUCCCGCACGGGCCCUCGCCCUACGCCGGCGCGCCCCUGCUGCACACGCACUCGGACCACGUGCUGGGCACCCAGGCGGGCUACGGCCUGCAGCAGAUGGCCUUCAACCGCUUCUACCAGCCCGUCUACCCGUCGGUGGGCAUGAUGCCCGGCGGGGGCAUCGGCGCCGGCAUGAAGAAGAACGGCAACAUAUCCUGCUACAACUGUGGGGUCAGUGGGCACUUCGCCCAGGACUGCAAACAGCCCUCCAUUGACGCAGCACAGCAAGGUGGCUUUCGGCUGAAGUACGUUGCCCCUCACUCUUCUGAAGCGCUUGACAAUGCUGACUGAGGGGGACUGAAGACCACUACGGCGCUCUCGUGUUCCGCGACAAUAGCGUUUUCCGGAGACCUAAACCUAGCGUUUUAAGAGGGCUUUUUUUUCCUUUCCUUGUUUUCGUUAACUCUCUUUGUUUGUUUUACCUUUUAAAAUGUGCUUUUGAGGGCCUGGCAAACCUGAAUAAUUGUGCCUGAUAAUUCCUUGUCGUAGGUGAGGGAGAAUCUGUCUUGUCUCCACUGAGAUGUUUUUGCAGUGGCCUCUGGUAUUUUGCACUGAACACUGGCGAGAGACACCGCCUCCUGUUUACUAACUUAUUUCUUAAAUUGUAAGAACACCACGUCUCUUAAGAAUAUGGAAGCUAGUUAAUUAUUUUAUCUUCAAUGAAAGGGGCUUCCAGAGGGAUUUAUUGUAGACUCUCCUACACCUUUUUUUACACUAUGUUAUAUUUAUGCUUCCUCUUUAUAAUUUUUGGUUUAAUCUUUUAGUGCCGUACAGCAAAGAAAAUACCUGCAAACAAAAAAAGAAAAACUUUAAAAAAUGUAUAAAGAUGGGAUGUUUUUUUUCUGCCGCAGUGUUUUGAAUGUACAACGUAUUGUUGUUUUAAUUUCAUAACUUUAUGGAAUUUGGCAGUAUCUUGCUAUUAAAAAGUUAUUUCAAAAAAGCAUUUGCCACUUGAUAUAAUGUGAAAACGCGUUAUAAGACGUUAUUAAUCAUCAUGUCUGUCAUGUCAUUAAGUUGAAUGCUGCUGUGUUUUUAUUUGGUAAUAUGCACUAUAGCUACCAGGAGUUCUGAAGUCCCCAAGUGCACUGAGGCAGUUGUACGAUGAACAGAUCUGGAGAUUAUUACCGCGUUAACUUCUGUUCUACUGCUGUCUGAUCAGUAUUCUUUUCGCAAAUGAUGCACUGCAGGUUUUGACCACCAGGUGGUGCCAUUGGGAGCCACUGUUCGCCCUGCUUCCAGUGGACAACACAUGUGCAGGGGUCAGCAGAGGAAUUAUAGUUCCCGGGGGGGUCUUUGUCUACAAGCUUUUUUGACCUGCCUGUACUAGCCAUGAUGGAGGAAACCUUCCUGGAGACGGAAAAUGUUUUCUUAUUUUAUUUUUUUCGUUUUGUUUUUCUUUUGUCUCACGCAGCGAUGAUAUAUGACUGUAUUGUGUAUGUUUGUGUAUAUAUGUACAUGCACAGACAUAUGGAUACACACAGACUACGCAUGAUACACAUCCGAAAUUGGAGAGGAAAUUCAAGUAUGAAUGGGAUGAGCGCACAUUUGGGCUUUGAGUUGUGUUUCAGACAGAAGGGUUGGUGGCCGUUCCAAGGACCCACUUCGUCAAGAGUCCUUGCUUCGAGCCAACGCGUCUGUCGCGUGGGUGUGUGCAUGUAUAUGCAUACAUGCAAAA